UACUCAUCAGUGCCAGAAAAGUCAGUACUCAUCAGUGCCAGAAGUCAGUACUCAUCAGUGCCAGAAGUCAGUACUCAUCAGUGCCAGAAGUCAGUACUCAUCAGUGCCAGAAGUCAGUACUCAUCAGUGCCAGAAGUCAGUACUCAUCAGUGCCAGAAGUCAGUACUCAUCAGUGCCAGAAGUCAGUACUCAUCAGUGCCAGAAGUCAGUACUCAUCAGUGCCACGUGCCAGUGCCCAUCAGUGCCACAUCAAUGUCACAUAUCAGUGCAUACCAGUGCACAUCAAUGCCACAUAUCAGGGCCCAUCUGAGCUGCCUUUCAAUGUCACCCAUCCGU